UUUAUCUUUCUUUCCAUUGUCAACCAAAUCCAACCUAACUCACCAGAAAAAUAAAACAUCCAUAACUUGUUCAGAAAUUUUUAACCAUUGAAUUCAAAAUCUCUAGAAUAUUAUUCCAAAGUCAAAAUCUCUAGAGAACUUCAAUAUAUAUCUUUAUUUUGAAAAGUGAUGCAAUGCAUAAUAAAUACAGGUUCAAACUCCUAAGUCAAUUAUUUUACUCAAAUUCAUUUUUUAUGCACUCUCGUUUGGAAGUUAUUGUUUCAUCAUAACAUAAUGGGGAACCAACUAAUUUGCAAAAGAAGAAAAUUAAGGUCGAAGAGAAGGCCAACGGGUUUUGUUCAUCAUCAAACUUCGCACUCUCAUAUUGGAAUAAGAACUGUUGGUGUAGAUAAAGCAUGUAACUUCACGACUUCAAAUCUAUGCAUCUCGAUAGUCACAUGGAAUAUGAACGGCCAGGUUUCCUUUGAAGAUUUAGCUGAGAUGGUUGGUGGAAACCACGAUUUCGAUCUUCUUGCUGUUGGCUUGCAAGAGGCUCCCGGAAACAAAGUUGCAACUAUUCUUUCAACAGCUUUGGAUGAAACUCACACCCUGAUAGGUAAAGCUACAAUGCAAUCUUUGCAGUUGUUCUUGUUUGGACCAAAGAAUGCACAAUCAUUCAUUCAAGAAUUGAAGGUGGACAAACAAUCUAUUGGGGGGUGUGGAGGAAUAAUCGGAAGAAAGAAAGGCGCUGUAGCAAUUCGUAUUAACUACAAAGGAAUACGUUUAGUGUUCAUCUCCUGUCACCUCUCCGCUCAUGGUUACAAUGUGGAAGAAAGAAAUGCUGAAUGCAGGCAUAUAUCACACACUCUCUUCUCUAAGAAUUGGAAUCCAUAUUCUAGACCAUCUCAUGUCACAAUUUGGUUAGGAGAUCUUAACUAUAGGCUUCAAGGGAUCGAUACGCAUCCGGCUAGGAACCUGAUAGACAAAGACCUUCACUAUGAGCUGCAUGGUAAUGAUCAACUCUUGCAACAAGCUGGAGAAGGACAAAUUUUCAAUGGAUUUUGUGAGGGGACAUUGACAUUCAAGCCAACAUAUAAGUAUAAUAAAGGAAGUAGCAAUUAUGACACAAGUUACAAGGUUCGAGUACCAGCGUGGACAGAUCGUAUACUGUUCAAGAUAGAAGACUCAGACAACGUAGAAGCAACCCUACAUUCGUACGAGUCGUUGGAUCAAAUAUACGGUUCUGAUCAUAAACCAGUAAAAGCACAUAUCUGCCUAAGACUUCGUCAACUUCAAACCGAAUCCUAAAUAUUUGGUUCAAGUAUAUACUGUUUUUUUUAUUAUUGUUAUCGUGAUGAAAUUCUUUUGUAAAUUGUAUUAGUUAUUUAUAGUCGGUCAAAUUAAUGUAAUAAAAUUAAUAAAAUUUAUUAAAACAAAUAUAGAAGAAAAAGACAAAAAAAAAGAGCUAAUUUGUCAA